GUAACGUAAUUGAAUCCCGUUUUAGCGUUAGCUGGUGGACUGACAGGCAGCUGUUUGAUUAGGGAGGAAGUCAUGAGCUUACAGGAAGAGUGUCCCCAGGAGCCCCAACCGGAGACACUGCAGCCCGUAGCAGCCAGAAUAAUUCAGAAGGCCUGGAGAAGAUAUGUGUACAGAGAGAUCUUCAAGUAUUUCAAAGAGCUGAUCAAUAAUUGCAACCAGCGGGAUCCACAGACCAUCCUCAAAACUGUCAAUCCUCGAGAGGCAGAGCUGCUGGAUGCUGCUGCUGGGGUGUUUAUCAGAUUUCGACUUGGAGGGAUCACCUUUCCUCCCAACAUCUAUUACAAGAUCUUUACCCAUCGGCCCAUUGCGGAUGUGUGUGCCAGCAGCCCAAAGGACUACACACAGCCAAGCCUGAAGAAGCCUGUGGCCCGGCAGACCAACAAUGGCUGGCCAAUCACGCAGGAGGACCGAUCAGGGUGGUACCAACGUAUGGAGAACAACAGCUGGAGGCUGUUCUGUAGCAAGGUCGUUCCCGAGGGUGAUCCCAUUGAGAUUGGUGCACACAAAAAAAAGAACUUUCAUUAUUCCAGACUGCAGCGGAAACAGGAUGUAGACAAAUGGAGGAAAAGGAAGAAAAUUGAAUGGCUGAAGCACAUGUACAACGAGGGUCGUCUACAGGCUCAUCCGGUACAUCGGCACAUAGCCACCCUGGUGGGAAGUUCAGCCCAGGAAGUGAUGGACACCAGUGAAGAGAAGGGAGAUGAUGAGAUACUGGAAUGGGAGCUAGAUGAGCUCCUGGCCUGGACCAACACUCUCAACUUUGAGGAGUAUAUACAGGAGUGGAGAUAUUUGGCCUGUAGUCACUCCUCUGGGCAGAACCAAGGGGAGCCUUCAUCUCCACCCAGGCUACCUGCUCAUGACUUUGCUGGUGUUGCUGAAGAAGACAGUUAUGUUGUCCUCACAGACACGUGUACUAAUGUCCAACUCUAGACAACUAGAAAUGUAUUAUCUGUGCAGUCAAGUCAUUAUUGACACAAUAAUCAUUUUCAAAUAAAGUAUGAUAACUCUG